AUGGCUGCUCCCCCUGCUGCUGCCCCCUCACCAAGGGGAGCAGCAGGGGGCGUCCGGGGUGUUGCAGGAGCAGCAGCACCCGGAGCAGCAGCAGCAGCAGCAGCAGGAGCAGCACCAGCAGCAGGAGUGGGUGGGAAUGCAGUUGGUACUCCUGCCCCUGCCCCUGCCCCUGGAGCAGCAGCAGCAGCAGCAGCAGCAGCAGCAGCAUUAGGAGCAGUAGCUGCAGUAGCAGGUGGUGUUCCUUCUCUAUCGCGAGUAGCAUUGAGCCAGGCAGCAGCACCGCCUGCAUGUAUAAAUGGUGUAUAUCGUGUGGGGAGAAAGAUAGGUAGUGGUUCUUUCGGGUGUCUGUACGAGGGGGUAGACCAAAGAGGCAGAGAGGUCGCCAUUAAGUUAGAGCCCGCAAACACCAAGCACCCACAGCUGCUCUAUGAGGCCCGGAUCAUCAAGUACCUGCAGGGGGGAGUGGGUAUUCCUGUUUGUUUCUGGUAUGGGCUUGAGGGGGAGUGGCACGCGAUGGUGAUGGAGCGGCUGGGGCACUCGCUGGAGUAUUUGUUUAACGCCUCGCAGCGUGUCUUCAGUUUACCAACGGUGUUGCAGCUGGGGAUUCAGAUGCACCCGGAGCAGCAGCAGCAGCAGGAGCAGCAGGAGCAGCAGCACCAGCAGCAGGAGUGGGUGGGAAUGCAGUUGGUACUCCUGCCCCUGCCCCUGGAGCAGCAGCAGCAGCAGCAGCAGCAGCAUUAG